CUCUCUCUCUUUUACAGUUACAUCGUCGUCAACUCGUCGUUAUCUAAGGUCUCAAUCUGUAUUAUAGGAAGCAACUUGUUUGGCAAUACGCCAACGGCGACAUGAUUUUAUGAACACUAGAAGUCAGCUUCUACAUGGUCAGGUCUCUGUCCAAACAAUGAACAAUUUCGUCCUUUCUUAAUCUCUGCUAAUCAUUGAUUUAGCAGCAUGUGAUGUGUAAACCCUCUAUCACAAAUGGGUUCACGACUCUUCUUGAAAGUCGAAACUUGGUCUAUAUAAAGGCUUCUUCUAGUUCAGCAUUUCCUCAUAUCUGCAGACUUGAGCUAAGCCAACCCAUCUUCUCUGUCUUACAUUCUUCAAUGCUGAUGUCUCCAAAAAUCAGUUUGUCUAUACUCAUAGUCUUGUUCAUUUCCGUUUCACCUAUACAUUCAAAUGCAGAAUCAAGCUCACUAGCAGUUGAAAUUGAAGCUUUGAAAGCUUUCAAAAGCUCUAUCACUCAUGACCCAAAUGGAGCAUUGGCAGAUUGGGUUGACACAACCCAUCAUUGCAACUGGUCCGGCAUUGCUUGUGAUCCGUCCUCACAACAUGUCAUGUCACUCGCUCAGGUUGGCCAGAAGCUCCAAGGUAAGAUUUCACCAUUCUUGGGCAACCUUUCGGGCCUCCAGCUUCUUGACUUAACCUCAAAUUCAUUCUCUGGGUUCAUCCCUCCUCAGCUCAGCUUUUGCUCCCAACUUACUCAGUUGAUUCUUUUUGACAACUCUCUCUCUGGUCCAAUCCCAAUAGAGCUAGGAAACUUGAAAGGUUUGCAGUAUUUGGAUUUGGGUAAUAACAAUCUGAACGGAAGCCUCCCAGAAAGCUUAUUUAACUGCACCUCUUUGUUGAGUAUUGCUUUCAAUUCUAACAAUCUGAAUGGUAAAAUCCCUUCAAGUAUUGGCAAUUUGGUUAACGUUACACAAAUUGCAGGAUUUACUAAUAAGUUUGUUGGAUCUAUUCCUUCUCCUGUCGGUAAAUUAAGGGCUUUACAGUCUCUAGAUUUUAGUCAAAACCAAUUGUCAGGAGAGAUACCUGGAGAGAUUGGGAAUCUAGGAAACUUAGAAUAUCUUCUCCUGUUUGAAAAUUCCUUGGUUGGAAAAAUCCCUUCUGAACUUGGUCAAUGCAUGAAGCUAGUGAACCUUGAACUAUACACAAAUCAGUUGUCUGGAAGCAUUCCUUUCGAGAUAGGAAACUUAGUUCAUUUGGAAACAUUAAGGAUAUAUGGCAAUAAGUUAAAUUCUACAAUCCCUUCUUCCCUUUUCCAGCUGAAAUCAUUAACCAACUUGGGUCUGUCACAAAAUCAGCUAGAGGGAAUAAUAUCUCCUGAAAUUGGAUCUUUAAGAUCACUUAAAGUUCUAACCCUACAUUCAAAUAAGUUUACUGGACAAAUUCCUUCAUCAAUCGUAAAGUUGACGAACUUAACUUAUGUUUCAAUGAGUCAGAAUCUCCUUUCAGGUGAACUUCCUUCUAACAUAGGAUUGCUUCAUAAAUUGAAGUUUCUAAUCCUGCACAACAACCUUUUUCAUGGUCAAAUCCCCCCUAGUAUUACCAAUUGUACUGGUAUGGUGAAUGUAAGUUUAGCCUUUAAUUCACUAAAUGGGAAAAUUCCUGUGGGCUUUUCAAGGAUGCCUAAUCUCACUUUCUUGUCUCUUACAUCAAACAAAAUGUCUGGUGAAAUCCCAGAUGAUCUCUGGAACUGCUCAAGUCUUCGAACUCUAAGUUUGAGCGACAACAAUUUUAGUGGGAGGCUAAAACCCACUAUCCAGAAUCUGUUUAAUCUCAGGAUGCUUCAGCUGAAUUUAAAUUCUUUCAAAGGGCCUAUUCCACUUGAGAUAGGGAACUUAAAUCAACUUUUGACAUUAGCACUUUCAGAUAAUCGAUUUUCUGGUCACAUUCCAUUAGAGAUAUCCAACCUCAGUCUUGUUCAGGGUCUCUACUUGCAUGGUAAUGUGUUAGAAGGCACAAUACCUAAUCAACUCUUUGAACUGAAUCAACUAACCGAGCUUGACCUACAUCAGAACAAGCUACUUGGUCAAAUCCCAAAGGCUUUCUCCAAGCUUAAGAUGCUUUCUUAUUUAGACCUCCAUGGGAACAUGUUCAAUGGAUUAAUUCCAAGAGAGUUGAGUCAGCUUAGCCAGCUCUUAAUGUUAGAUCUGUCACAGAACCAUCUAGCAGGGUCGAUUCCUGGAGAUGUCAUUGCACAGUUUAGAGACAUGCAACUAUAUCUCAACUUGUCUCAUAACCACUUUAUUGGAGCUAUACCAGAAGAGCUAGGUGCAAUGGAGAUGAUUCAAGCCAUUGAUGUUUCAAACAACAAUCUUUCUGGUGUCAUUCCCAAGACACUUUCUGGGUGCAGAAAUCUAUUUAAUCUUGAUCUUUCAGGAAACAAUAUCUCAGGGCCUAUUCCAGCAAAGGCUUUCAAUGAGAUGGGCUUACUUCAAAGCUUGAACCUUUCAAGGAACAAUUUAGAUGGAGAAAUUCCCGAGAUAUUGUCAAAGCUUGAGCAUCUUACUUUGCUAGAUCUUUCCCAGAAUGACUUGAAGGGAACUAUAUCGAACAAUUUCGCGAAUCUCUCCAAUCUAAAGAUUCUCAAUGUUUCUUUUAACCAACUUGAAGGUCAAGUUCCAUCAGGCGGAAUAUUCUCACGUAUAGAUGAAUCUGAAUUGAUGGGAAACCCUGCUCUGUGUGGAACCAAAUUUCUAGUGCCAUGUAGGCAAACUCAUUCACUAUCCAAGAAGAGCAUAUCUAUUAUUGCCUCACUUGGAUCCGUUGCUCUACUCCUAAUUUUGGUUUUGGUGAUUCUGUUUCUCAUCCGAGGUGCCAUAUCACGUAAUUCUGACAGGCUUGAGAAUCUUGAAAUACUAGACUACACAUCAGCUUUGACACUUGAAAGAUUUGAUAGAAAGGACCUAGAAAAUGCUACUAGUUCUUUCAGCUCAGAUAACAUCAUUGGAGCGAGCAAUUUGAGCACUGUUUACAAGGGCCAAUUGGUAGAUAGCAAAGUAGUGGCAAUAAAAAAACUGAAUUUGGACCAUUUUUCUGCAGAAGCUGACAAACUUUUCAAGAGAGAAAUAAGCAUCUUGAGCCAACUAAGGCAUAGGAAUUUGGUCAAGGUUCUGGGGUAUGCUUGGGAGAGUAGGAAAAUAAAGGCUCUAGUUUUAGAGUACAUGCAGAAUGGGAAUUUGGAUAGCAUAACACAUGAUGAAGAGAUGGAUCAAUCUAGAUGGACAUUAUCUGAAAGGCUCAAUGUCUUCAUCUCUGUUGCUGAUGGGCUGGAUUACUUGCACUCUGGUUAUGAUAUUCCAAUUGUGCAUUGUGAUUUAAAGCCUUCCAAUAUUCUUUUGGAUGGAGAUUGGGUGGCCCACGUGAGUGAUUUUGGAACAGCUAGAAUGCUUGGCCUCCAUUUGCAAGAUGAUGCUUCUACUGUGUCCACAUCAACAGUUUUCCAAGGCACUGUUGGUUAUUUAGCACCAGAGCUUGCCUACAUGAGGAAAGUAACGACCAAAGUCGAUGUGUUCAGCUUUGGCAUAAUAGUAAUGGAGUUUCUAACAAGAAUGAGACCAACAGGGCUUACAGAAGUGGAUGGCUUGCCAAUAAGUCUACGUGAAACAGUGCAGAAAGCACUUGUGGAUGGAACAGGGUCACAUGUUUUUCAUGUUGUGGAUCCUGUGCUCCUUGCGACGGACCAUCUCCAUCAUGAUGAUGUCUUAGUGGAGCUAUUGAAACUAUCAUUGAGUUGUACACUCCCUGAUCCUGAAGAUCGACCUUGCAUGAAUCAUGUAUUGUCCAUCUUGAUGAUGCUCAAGAAGAAAAUGUCAUAGGUCUCCAUCAUGUUCUUGUUAAAUGAUGCCUUCUGUGUACAAUGUAAUUGCUCUGUGGUAUUUAUUUUAGUUUGCAGAAAUGAAUAAAAGCUCGAGCACUUGUAAGA